UACAUCUGUUUACUCGAAGUACCUAUUCUGUUUUAUAAUUGAGAAUUUGGGUUUAGUCGGAAUAAAUGUUUGAUUUACAUUGUAAACUAUCUAAUUAGUUUACUGAUUCACGAUGGAAGAUGUGAAAAAAAUUCUGAAGAGCAUUCUUGUUUCCACCCCGAAAAAACUGAAAGUCUACGAGCUGAAUCUGGAAUACAAGGCAAUUGUCGGUAGCAACAUACCGUUCGGAAAAUUCGGUUACAGUGAUUUGGUUGGGUUCUUGAAAAGUUUGUCUGACAUCCUCUCUGUGAAAGGCGACGAUGUAUUUUGUACAGUCGACGUUCUCUCUAACAGAAUAACGCACACUAAGAGACGAAAGAAGAAAAAGAAGAAAUCCUUUUCAGACACUCGUAACGAUCAGAUAGCAUUGAGAACGACACCAGUACAUCAGAGGCAAGAUGAAGUAUUUCUCCUGACCAGCAACACGCCCGGCUGUUUCCAAAGGAUCACCCAAGAUGGAAUCCUUUCCCACAUUUCGAAUCCUUUAGGAGUAAACGUCGAUAUGCAUAUCGACUACAGAAAGGAAAAAUUGCAAUUCGCUGCAGAAAUUGAUUACGGUAGACUAGCAGCCAUCAAUAGGGGACAGUUGAUGAGGGAACUCGAAAAAAGGGAGCAAGGGAUGCAAACGGAGGAGAAAAAACAGCUGCGCUACCCCAAAUCGGAGAUAACGAUAGAGAAGAAUGGUGAGAGAAUCAAGAUUAAUCCACAAUCUGGGAAGAUCGAAAAAAAACUCAAUUUCGAAGAGAAUUACAUCUCUGCUACAAUAAUGCAAUGUGUCAAGAAUACUGGAAGUUUCACAAAAAACUCGAAUAAUAUUCCGAGCAUAGAAGAGGUGCAAUCGGAAACCAAGAAAAUCGUUGCUGUUGACUACAAAUCAGCGACGAACCGAACAGAACAAACUGACAUUUCCGCUGUCAACCAAACGCCAAUCUCACUAAUGGACGAGCCAAUACCAAAGUCACUUCCAGAGGUUCCCAAGAUCUUCAGGAAGCCUACACCAGAAGAUAUGAUCGACUUCGGCUGUGUUGUGACAAGACCUGGUUGUAAACCUGCAUCGAAAGCUCUCCCCUUCAUUGAAAUGUUGAGAUUGGUCAAAAGACUCAAUUUGAAUGGUACCAAGUAGAAAACGAAAUAGUGAAGGAAUUAUUUGUUGUUUUUUUUUUGGAGUUGGGAAUUUUUUGGAAGGAAAUUGAUUCAUUACAGAACGUUUUAUUGUUGAAGACUGUAUUAUGUAGAUUUUUUCUGAAUAAAGGACAGAAAUUGGG